CUCAGCCAGCCUGGCCGACGCCCUCUGCAAGUAUCGCCGUGGUUACAGCACACGCCCCGUGUGUGUGUGUGUGUGUGUGUGUGUGUGUGUAUGGUGAUCUUCAUCACAGCGUGUUAGUUGUCAUGGGACAACAUCCGCUUCACGAUUCAACUUCUUCGUACUUUAAAUGAUAUGUCCCGUGUGUGUAUAAGUGUGUGUGGUGUGAGCAUUUAGUGUUUUUUGUGUAUGUGUUUUUUUCUUGCUUGAUGUGUUUUGCGUGCAUAUUUUGUUGUUUUGUCAUGUGACACUUUUUUUUUGCAGGCUCCCGGUGAUCGGCAAUCAUGAACAAGGCGGAGGGCCACGUCGUCGCUCCUGCGAACUCGUCGUCCUCGCAAGGGCCCAGCGCCCCGUCAUCUCCCGCCACUGCCGCCAUCAUGGCACGCGUGGACGAACAGGUGGUGGCAUACCGCGAUCUGGCGGCUAUACCCCGCGAUAAAGCCAUCCUACAGGUGGAGCGACCAGACCUCAUGACCUACCAGCCUCACCUUAGCUUCUCGCCGCUGGACCCGCCGCGCAGACAGCGCUCUCUUUCUCCGCCCGCCACCUCUCCCACCAUGUCUCCUGAGGUCAAAGGGCGGCGAGCAGAAAGCGACAGUGGCUCCCCCGGAGGCUCCACAUUGCAACUGCACGUUGGACGCAAAAUCAGCGCCAGUUUGCAACACUUCCACCGGCCAGAUAAUGGGACAAACAUCUACAGAAAGCCUCCCAUCUAUAAACAAGGUGAGUACCACUUGACACAUUGUGGUCACGUUUCCACUCCCUCACUGUGGCCCCCUCCUCGCAAACUUGAACUAGAAGGUUCCAAGUCCACCAGCGGGAGCGUCGGCGGCGUCAUCCGAGCGGCCAAGUUCCCGGCCGCUCAGCCUCCCGAUCCCAAGCAGCCGUCCAAGAUCGAGACAGAGUUCUGGCCAUGCCCCCCGUCGCUGGCUGCCAUGGAAAUCGAGUGGCAGAAGAAGAAAAUGGAGGAAGAAGAUGAUGACUUUGAGGACCUGACUGACGAGGCCAAGGUGUUGCAGGAGCAGGAGCUGGAAAAGAUCAAGUCCAACCUGGGCCGUCUGAUCCUACGCGAGGAGAAGGAGAGAGGUGGCGACUUCCGGCGGAAGACGCGCUCGCUGCCCGACAGAACGCACGCACACGGCAGUCUGUCAGUCAAUGCGUCGAAGUCGCCGUCGCGUUCCAGCUCCGGUCUGAGCAGAAGGCAGUCGGCCGAGUUUUCCAAUGACGGCCACAAUGCAGUGGCUCAGAACGGCGGCCCACAGCGUGGUCCUCUGGACCGCGGGACAUCGCUGCCAAGCAUCUUGGAGCAGAAGCAGGUUUAUCCCUACGAAGUGCUGGUGGUGACCCACAGGGGGCGCUGCAAGCUCCCACCCGGAGUGGACCGAACCAGACUGGAGCGACAUCUGGACCCUCAGCAGUUCCAACAAGUUUUCGGGAUGAGCGCCUCGGAGUUCGAGCGCCUGUCACUAUGGAGACGGAACGAACUGAAGAAGAAGGCCUCGCUUUUCUGAGAGGAAGUGACCUACCAGAAGAAUAUAAUUUCCUCAUUGUUGCUCUCUCUCUCACACACACACAUACACACACUGCUUACUUCGUGGUGACCUGCUUCCAUCAAAAUAGUUGAGGAACCCGACAAGUGCUUGCGAUUUACAAACACACACACACACACACACAUUCACAAAGACGCCUAACCAUACGCGCUCAGACACGUGUGAUGCGUUGCCAUGGUUACUAGUGCAUGUGACGUCACGUGUCCCGCGGUGGCGUCAAAGGAAAAUGAGGGACGAGGCAGCCCAAAGAAGCCGACGUGUCGCUGCUCAACUUUGAAGGGCCGAGGUUUGUUUGUUGUUUUUCUUUGCUCACGUUUCCUGGCGUCUGUCUGCUCAUCGAUGUCAACCGUGUACGCACGCGCCACAAAUAAACUCCCAUAAACACAACAAA